AUGAAUUUGUUGUUGCCUGACUUUAUAUCCCUCAAUCAAACCGCUUUCGUGAGAGGUAGAUCUAUCAUUGACAACACCCUCCUUGCUCAAGAAUUGGUCAAAGGCUAUGGUAGAAAGAAUAUUUCUCCAAGAUGUGCCCUUAAAGUUGACUUACAAAAAGCCUUUGAUUCCCUUAACUGGGAUUUCAUCUCCUCCAUUCUUAGAGCCAUUGGACUACCUCCCAUUUUCACUAAAUGGAUUGAAACUUGCUUCAAAGAAGCUAGAUAUUCCAUAUCUUUUAAUGGUAGUCUAAUAGGGUACUUCAAGGGUCAGAGAGGUAUUAGACAAGGAGACCCCUUAUCUCCAAUCCUUUUUGUGAUAGCUAUGAAUACCCUCUCUAAAAUUCUCAAUCUUGCUGCAGCUAGAGGAAAUCUUGAUUCUAUUGCUGAAGUGACAAGUGUUCUAAACCAUUUCUAUGUUUUAUCUGGUCUGAACCUCAAUGUUAACAAAACAGAAUUUUACACUGCUGGUAUUCCUGAUAGAACCCUGGACUCCAUUAAAUCUGUCACUAGCUUUAAACAAGGUUUCCUGCCUGUUAGGUACCUAGGAGUUCCUCUAGUUACUCGGAAGCUUACUGAAAAAGACUGUCUACCUCUCUACGAUAAUAUUAUUCGUAGGCUUCACCAUUGGUCUGGUAAAAUUUUAAGCUAUGCUGGUCGUCUUGAGCUUAUUAAAACUGUUCUAUACAAUGUUGUUAACUUCUGGAAUAGGCAAUUUAUCCUUCCUCAGAAAGUUAUCAAUCGUCUAGAACAACUUUUCUCUCGGUUUCUUUGGAAAGGUAAUGAUACUGCUGCUAAAGGUGCUAGGAUUAGCUGGGAUAGACUGUGCUGUCCUAAAUCUGAAGGAGGUCUCGGGUUGAAGAACAUUCAUUCCUGGAAUAAAGCUUGCAUGUUGCAACUAAUACGGAAAAUAAUGGCUGGAGAGGGCUCUCUAUGGGUUGCUUGGAUCCAUUGCUAUGUUAUUAAAAAUAAUGAUCUUAACGACAUUAAUGUUAAUUCUUCCCACAGUUGGACCAUCAGAAAAUUGAUGAAAAUAAAAAGUGAAGCCUAUCCAAAAUUAACUGUUGGUGCCACGAAAAUAAAAGAUUUAUGGGAAAAUAUAAGAGUUCAUAGAGACAAAGUUUUCUGGCAUAAGGUGAUUUGGUUUCCACUACACAUCCCAAAGCUAAGCAUUAUCUCUUGGAUGGCAAUUCUGGAUCGUCUUCCUACUCGUGAUAGACUUAUUAAAAUGGGUAUUGUGACUGAUAGUUAUUGUCUUGGGAUUCAAGGCUUCAUUGGGCUGCUCAAACUUGGAAGGGCAAAUUCUUAUUUCUACCAUAUUGAGGAUCGCCUGGAGUGCUUUCAUAUACUUCAUUUGGGAGGAGAGAAACAGAAGAAUUUUCAACAGAGGAACAAGAACGACAGACCAACUUCUAAAGGCUAUUAA